AUGGAGGCUUAUCUUCAGUACCAAAGAGUUCGACAAGCAGUCCAACAGCAAGUGUCCGAGCUAAAAAGAGCUUGUAGCUGUUCAAACUACACCAUUGGAUCUCCUCAUGAUACGGAGUGUGAACUGAAGUCCCACCACGACGGCACCACGGAGAAGCAACCCUUCCCAGUUACAGAUGAUUUGAUUCUGGUCGGCUGGGAAGGACAAAAUGAUCCUUUAAACCCUGUAAAUCAGACUACCGUACGAAAGCUUUUCAUGACUGUCAUCGUCUCUUUGAUUGCACUGUCUGUCACUGCAGCAUCUGCGAUCGAUGCUUGUGGUGUCAGGGAAUACAGUGAGUAUUUCCGAGUAUCUAAUGUUGUGGGAUCUCUUGCAACGGGUCUUUUUCUUAUCGGAUUUGCGUUUGGCUCUCUGCUCUCCGGGCCGUUCUCGGAGACCUUUGGACGCAAUGCGAUAUAUCUUUCAACCAUGCUCACAUUUUUGGUUUUCGUUAUGGCAUCGGGACUCGCACCAAACCUCCAAGGUCACCUCAUUUUUCGCUUUCUUGCUGGAUUCUUUGCUUCUACCCCGCUAAGCUGCGCCGGUGGCACGGUCGCUGACCUAUGGAAUCCGGUACAGAAGACCUACGCGUUUCCAAUCUACGCUAUACCGGCAUUCUCGGGACCGAUGAUCGGUCAGAUGAUUGGAAGCUAUAUUCCGGUACGAUUAGGCUGGCGCUGGCUUGAAUGGACAAUGCUUAUAAUGGGAGGCAUUGUUCUGGUUCUUGUUCUUCUCUUUCAAUCAGAGACCUACGGCGAUCUGAUCCUCUAUUGGAAGGCCUCAAUACUUCGAAAAGAGACGGGAGAUGAGAGAUAUAGAGCGCCCCUGGAGAUGAAAGGGGAGAGUCUGGGCCAGCGUCUGAAGCUCUCAGUUUCCCGGCCUUUCGCCAUGUUCUACUCUGAGCUGAUUAUUAUCUUGAUCUCGCUCUACUUAACGAUUAUCUAUAUCGUUCUGUUCACAUUCCUAGAGGGCUAUACGUAUGUCUUCGGCCAAACAUACGGUAUCUCGGAGGGCCUAACUAGCCUGUGCUGGACUGGUAUGCUGGUUGGUACCUUGCUUGUGGGCUGCGUGGUGCCAGUAGUUUACAAUUGGACAGCGAAGGCUUCUAUUCGAGAUGAAACCCCUGCCGUUGAUCCCGAGAUGAGGCUCUGGUAUGCAAUGCUUGGCGGUGCACCAGCAGUACCAGUCAGUCUGUUUUGGAUGGGAUGGACUAGCAACCCAGAGAUCUCGAUAUGGUCUCCUCUGAUCGCCUCCAUCUUCUUUGGCUUCGGCAUUACAACCAUCUUCAUCGUUUCUUAUAUGUAUCUUAUCGAUUCCUACGGUACAUACUCGGCUUCUGCACUAGGGUUUCUUGUGUUCACGCGGUAUUUGGUCGCGGGAGGGGUGACCAUUGCUGGCGGUCCGAUCUAUCAGUCUAUCGGAGUACAGUAUACACUGACGAUACUCGGGUCUAUCAGUGCGAUAAUGACCUGUGUGCCCUAUAUGCUCUAUACUUACGGACCGAGAGUCCGCAAACAUAGCAAGUAUGCAGUUAAUGUUGACAGGAAGUGA